AAGGAUUUGAAGUAUAUCAAUUUCCCGGCGAAAUCUCUACCGGAACCACCGCGUUAUGGGAAUCACCGGAAGUCUAACUCCAGAUCAGCUCCAGUUUUUUCACUCUCAAGGGUAUUUGGUAAUCGAAUCGUUCGCGAAUGAGGAUGAGAUUAGAGGCUUAAGGAAGAGGAUGGACGAGUUGCUUAAUCAGUUUGAUUGUUCCGUCUCGUCCUCUAUCUUCUCUACUAAGAAUCAGAAGCACACCACCGAUAAUUACUUCUUUGAGAGCGCUGAGAAAAUCUCCUUCUUCUUUGAAGAAAAAGCUUUUGGUGAUGAUGGGAAAUUGAAGCAACCGAAAGAACUCUCUAUAAACAAAGUUGGGCAUGCACUGCAUGAGCUUGACCCAUUGUAUAAGGAAUUCACAUAUUCGUCCAAGUUUUCAAGUUUGGUGUCAUCCUUAGGUUACAAGAGACCAGUAGUCAUGCAGUCUAUGUACAUUUUCAAGCAACCUGGAAUUGGAGGCGAAGUUGUGCCGCACCAAGAUAAUUCUUUUGUGUACACGGAUCCACAGAGUUGUACUGGUCUCUGGAUUGCUCUGGAAGAUUCUACCACAGUUAAUGGUUGUCUUUGGGCAAUUCCUGGAUCUCAUAAGAAUGGUUUAGUUAGAAGGUUUAUCCGGGGGGAAAACGGUAUAACCUUUGAUCAGCCAUCCCCAUCUUACGAGCAGAAAGAUUUUGUGUCUAUUGAAAUGAAAGCAGGCUCAUUGAUUGCCAUUCAUGGUGAUCUAAUCCAUCAAAGUUUCGAGAAUCUAUCCUCGAAGUCAAGACAUGCCUAUAGCUUACAUGUAGUAGAAUCUGAUGGAUGUAAAUGGGCAAAAGAUAACUGGAUACAAAGAGAAAAAAUGCCGGAGCCUCUCUAUGUUCUUCCUUGAUUCAAGCCAGUCGUGGGAAAACACUGUGAGUUACUGUUUAUCAAAUUUCUUUUAUGAUGAUCUACCCUCUAUCUUUGUGAGAACUUUGAACAGUAAUAAGAACAUGGCUAAAAGGGCCUUCUUGUGUCAUUUACUUGUUGAAUACAAUUUGUUUAUGCUUGGUCUCUGUAGUUGUCUUUAGAUAACCAAACUCAGUGGUCAAUAAAGUGUGACAGUGAUU